UCCAUCUGCCAAGAUUAUGGCAACAACAAAACCCAAUCUUCCUCCUUCCUUAACUCCUUUCACAACCCAAACACUCCUACAAUCUACACUUCCUUCGUUUAAACUCAACUUUCAAGACUUGCGUAAACAACCACCAAAACAUGAUAAAAUCACCUUUGAUGAAACAAAGCAAAUUCAUGCCCACUUGCUAAAAACCCACUUCCAAAAUCCUCAUGAAAUUCAUCCAAUUUUUCAACUGCAUUCAACUGCUGCUGCUCGCUAUAAUUUCCUCAUUACAUCAUAUAACAAGAAUAACCAACCAAAAGCUGCACUAAACAUAUAUGCCCAAAUGAGAGGGAUGGACAUUGAAACUGACAACUUUAUAGUUUCUUCUGUCCUAAAAUCCUGUGCACAGAUUGGUUGGGUACUUUUAGGGAGAGAAAUUCAUGGGUUUGCAUUGAAAUAUGGGUUACAUUUUGAUGUUUUUGUGGGUAAUACUUUGAUUCAAAUGUACAGUGAAUGUUCUUUUUUCGGGUCUGCACGCCUUAUCUUCGAUAAAAUGAUUAAAAGAGAUGUUGUUUCUUGGAAUACAAUGAUUAGGGGCUAUAUUAAACACAGAAUGAUUGAUGAAGCGCUGAGAAUGGUCAAAGAAAUGCAGUACACCUCAUUGAAGCCUAGUGAGAGUACAAUGAUUAGCAUAAUAAAUCUUUUGGCAGAUGUUUCAAACAAGAAAGUGACAAAGAUCAUGCUCGCUUAUGUGAUCAAGAAUAGCUACAUGAAUCACUUGGGAGCUAAUCUGACAACUUCUCUGAUAAACAUGCAUGCUAAGAGUGGGAAUAUAGCUGUUGCGCGCUCCCUCUUUGAUAGAUUAGCAGAAAAGAGCAUUUAUUCUUAUACAGCAAUGGUUGCAGGCUACAUUCAUUGCAAUGCUUUAGAGGAGGGUGUAAAACUUCUUGGGCAGAUGUUAGAAGAUGGAGUUUUGCCAAAUGAAGUCACUCUGCUCAGUUUAAUCGCGGAAUGUGGAGCAGUUGAGGCUCUGGAUCUGGGAAAGCAGCUACAUGCAUAUGUACUGAGAAAUGGGUUUGCCAUGACUUUACCACUGGCUACUUCUUUGGUAGACAUGUAUGGUAAAUGUUGUGAAAUCAGUAGUGCAAAAGCGAUCUUUGAUACAAUGGAGAGACGGGAUAUUAUGACUUGGACGGCUCUCAUCGCAGCUUAUACACGAGGAAAUUGCAUUGGAGAGGCAUUUGAUCUCCUUGUUCUUAUGAGUGAAAACGGCGUAAGGCCUAACCAGGUAACUAUGGUUAGCCUUAUAUCGUGCUGUGCAGAAUCAGGUGCACUUGAUAUGGGAAAAUGGAUUCAUGCAUUCAUGGACAAACAAGGGAUUGAAAAAGACACAGUACUUGAUACUGCUCUUAUUGAUUUGUAUGCUAAAUGUGGGGACAUAACCACAUCCUAUGCGUUGUUUAAUGAAGCUAUGAAUAGGGAUAUAUGCAUGUGGAACUGUAUGAUAAUGGGGUUUGGUAUGCACGGUUUUGGUGAGGAAGCUUUGGAGCUCUUCACUGAAAUGGAAAGAUCGCACAUCGAACCGAAUGAUAUUACAUUUAUCGCAUUGCUCAAUGCUUGUAGUCAUGCAGGGAUGGUAACAGAAGGAAAGAGCGUUUUUGAAAACAUGAAGAAUAAGUAUUUCUCGCCGAAGAUUGAGCACUAUGGUUGUAUGGUGGACCUUCUAGGGAGAGCUGGCUUGCUUCACGAAGCCUAUGAUGUAGUACAAAGCAUGCCAAUGAAACCUAAUACAAUAGUAUGGGGUGCCUUACUUGGUGCUUGCAAGAUUCAUAAGAACCCUAAGCUGGGGGAAUUAGCCGCUAAAAAGUUGCUUGAGAUAGAUCCUGAUAGUUGUGGUCAUAAUGUUCUCGUGUCCAAUUUCUAUGCAACAGAGAACAGAUGGAAGGAUGUAGUGAGUGUAAGAAAAGAAAUGAGAAACCGAGGGAUGAAGAAGGAACCAGGAUUCAGUUGUAUUGAGGUAAAUGGCUCAGUUCAUGAAUUUACCACAGGAAUUCAGGCACACCCAAGAUUUGUAGAAAUUGAUGACAUGCUUGACCAGAUGAUCUACAAGCUGAAGGCCUCUGGCUACGAGCCGGAUACUUCUGUAGUGCUGCUGAACAUUAAAGAGAAAGAAAAAGAGCAGUCACUAAAGUAUCACAGUGAAAAGAUUGCCAUGGCACUUGGCCUCAUUAGCACAGCUCCUGGAACUCCUAUUAGGAUUGUGAAAAAUCUUAGGGUUUGUGAUGAUUGUCAUACAGCGACAAAACUCCUCUCCAAGAUCUAUAACAGAGAGAUUGUUGUUAGGGAUCGUAACCGUUUCCACCAUUUCUCAAAAGGAUCUUGUUCCUGUGGUGACUAUUGGUAAUGCAUAACAAUGCUUAUGCACGAAUCAAAAGAGGAAAAAACAUAAAUGUAAUACAACUGAAGUGUACAGUAUAUGCAGUUGCAGCUUAUAAUUGUGAAUUAUAUUUCUCCUCUUAA